UUUCAACUUCGAUUCUCAGAUUUCAUUUGAGAGAGAAAUUAACCACCAUGGCUGAUCCAGCAACUAUAAUCAGUGGUUUGCUUUCAAAUUUGGUACCUCUGAUUAAGGAUGAAUUCAAGUUGAUUUAUGGUUUUGAUAAGGAGGUUGAAAAACUAUUGGGCACGCUAACUGCAAUUAAUGCCGCACUUGAGGAUGCUGAGAUAAAGAAUGUGUGGAAGAAGGACAUACAAACCGAAGAUUGGUUGCGGAAACUAAAACAUGUGGCAUAUGAGGUUCGAGACAUCAUGGAUGAUUGCAGCUUUGAAGAUCUUCGUCUUCAAGUCAAAAGGCUUAAUGCCAUAUCUUCAACAAGAAUCCAGGUAACCAACUUUAUCACCCAUCCUUUUAGCAACACUUGGUCUCGUCGUGAAAUUGGUUACAAAAUUAAGGAUGUUCAAGAGAAACUAGAACAGAUUUAUUCACGGCGCAAAAAUUUACAAUUGCGUGACCCUAUUCAUGACUCGAAAAUAAUAGACAAGUUUACUAGUAGUUGGCGUGAAACCAUGUCUCUUUCUAGUAAUCCAAUAUAUGGGAGAGAUGAGGAGAAGCAAAAGAUUAUUGAUAUUCUACUCAAUAAUAAUACAUCUAGUGCUUGUGUUGCUAAAGAACUAUCAGUUCUGCCCAUUGUUGGAAUUGGGGGUCUAGGUAAAACAACACUUGCCCAAAUGGUCUUCAACGACGAUCAGGUUUCUCAGCAUUUUGAUACCAAAAUUUGGGUCUGUGUUUCUGAUGAAUUUGAUAUUAAGUUGGUGAUCAAAGCUAUCAUGGCAGAAAAGGAAGAAUAUCGCUUAGAAGAAUUGCAGAUAAAAGUUAGAGACAAAUUGAAAGGGAAAAGAUAUUUGAUUGUAUUGGAUGAUGUUUGGAAUGAAAACAAAGAUGCAUGGAAUCAGUUGAGAUCUAUAUUAGAUUGUGGAUCACAUGGUGCGUUCGUCCUUACUACGACACGUAAAAAAAAUGUGGCGGAAAUCAUGAAAACGAUUAAACAUUUUGAGUUACUGCCACUCACUUACGAAUAUUGUUGGCUACUAUUCAAAGAACGUGCAUUUGAGUAUGGAAAACUAAAAGAUCCAAACUUCAUUAAUAUUGGUGAACAAAUAACUAGAAGAUGUAAUGGUGUUCCUUUAGUUGCCAAGACAUUGGGAAGUCAUUUGGGAUUUUAUGACGACGAAAAAGAAUGGCAUAGAAUAAGAGAUAGUGAGAUAUGGGAGAUAUCCGAAAAUGAAAAAGAUCUCUUGCCUAUUCUAAGGUUGAGUUACUAUGAUCUCCCUUAUCAUUUGAGAAGAUGUUUUGUGUUUUGUGCUAUAUUUCCCAAGAAUACUGUAAUAAAAAAGGAGAGAUUAAUCCAAUUGUGGAUGGCUCAUGGUUUAAUUCCUCCAGUUAAAAAGCAAGAAGUUGAAGAUGUUGGGAAUACAAUUUGGAAGGAGUUAUGUUGGAGAUCCUUUUUUCAAGAUGAAAAAGAGAACAAAUAUUUGGAUGAAACAAUUUAUACAACAUGUAUGAUGCACGAUCUUAUGCACGAUCUUUCGCAAUCUGUUAUGAAAGAUGAAUGUUAUACGAUCGAUUCUAAGAGGUCAAGUGAUAGUUUAGGACGUGAAAUUCGUCAUGUAACAGUAAUGGUUGAUCAAUUAGACCAAACAUCAGUCAAAACAUUAGUUUGUUCUCUUAAAGAAAUUGGAGGGUUGCAUUCAAUAAUCCUCUUUGGCACAAAAUAUCUGCAUGACAUAAAAUAUGAUGGAAAUGUCUCAAAGGAGAUUUUGAGUGUCUUGAAGGAACUCCUUCCUUUACGUGUCCUUGAUGUAAGAUGUCAGGUGCAAUAUCAAGAUUUGAGUCAUCUUAGACGUCUAAAACAUCUUAGAUACUUAAACAUUUCUGAUAGUAAGAUAACAACCUUGCCUAAUAGUAUUUUUGAUCUCUUGAACUUACAGACUCUGAAACUCAAUAAUUGUUCGGAGCUUAAAAGUUUGCCUAGAAAUAUAAGGAACCUUAUUAAUCUGAGGCAUCUUUAUUUGGAAAGUUGUGAUGGAUUAAAAUAUAUGCCUAGAGGGAUGAGGCAAUUGAAACAUCUGAAGACGUUAAGCUUGUUAGUGAUAGGCAAGAAGGGGAGAGAUUGUCAACUAGAUGAAAUAAAAGAAUUGGAUAUCGGUGGAUCAUUAAAAAUUAAGAAUCUUGGAAGAGUUAGUGAUGCAUCUAUUGCUAGAGGAAUAAAUAUGGCUAAAAAGUCGAGUAUCACUAACUUGGAGUUGGAUUGGGGUUAUACAUAUGAUGAUGGUGAUGCUGAUGGACAUGAGAAAAUAAGUAAAGCUCUAGAGAUUUCAACUGUGAGGCUGAAGAUAUUGAAAAUGAUUGGUUACAAAGGUGAGAAUCCCCCUAAAUGGGUGGGAAAGUCAUCUCCUUCUGUAACACGCCUUGAGCAAAUGGACAAUGUGGAUACUAUUGGUAGUAGAAGCGAUGAUAGUGAAAUGAUAAUACUAUUCCCUUUGUUAAAGGAAUUGGAUAUUUCUGACAUGGAGAAUUUGAGGAAAUUGGUGUCUCCUACUAUUCCUAGUCCCGGAGCAUUCCCUAAUCUAUGUUCGUUGAAGAUAUAUAAUUGCCCAAAGCUAGGGGCCUUGCCACCGCAUCUCAAAGAACUCAAAGAUGUAAGUGUUUCAGGUGAAUGUUCGGAUGAGUUGUUAUAUAGCAUCUCAAAUCUUAGUGGUCUCACUCAUCUCUUUCUUGGGUAUAUGAAGGAAAGAAGUGUUUUAUUUGGAGCUGGUAAGGCAUUAAUGUUUGAUGAUGAAAUACAACGCUCAAUUUUCCAAUCUCUUCAAAUUCUGCGUAUCUGGUCGUGCAGCAAGUUAAGGGGUUUGUUUGAUGAGGGAAUGAUAAUGGAAGACGAGACAUUGAUAAAGAUUAGUGGCAGCCAGAACCAACAAAACCAUCAUCUUCAAGCUAGACAAACAGAAAGAACAAAAGCUGUCACCAACCUCACGGAAUUGGAAAUUUUGAACUGCCCUGAGUUGAUGAUGUCAGUUGAGGAAUUUGGAAACCUCAAUAUUAAUAAUAAUUCACUACAGAGAUUGAAUAUCAGGGGUUGUCCUAAGUUGGUGUCUUCAGAAGAAGCGGAUGAUUUUAUGGCACUCCUAAGUUCCCUUCGAGCAAAACUUGAUCGUAUGAAUUUCCAUGUAGAUAGCAGAGCAUAA